UCCUGUUCAACAGCAAAUGCUGUCUAAGACUAUACCAAAUGCAUUUUACAAUUUCAGUAGAUAAUUUUUAAGAAUUUUUUUUUGGUAUGUUACUCUAGGAGCAACCUUCACACUUAGGCAACAGACAGGAUAUAUCAUCAUCUCUCCAACGUAUAUAAAGGAACCUUCAGUAUACAAAACAACCAUUUGUGUUUUCUCAUGUGAAGCAUUAUCAUGAAUGAAGCUGCGAUGAUUGAUCCAGACAACUCCCAUCUUGUAGUCAACUUCAGUGAAUACUACUAUGCUGAAUACACAGAUCUCGCAAACACGACCGACUUUGUUGUGGAUGAGAGCACCCUACAUUGUCCACCCAUCCCUAUAGCUGAUGCAGUCAACAUCUCAUUCUGCGUCAUCUACGUGAUAAUUUUUCUGGUGGCCGUACCUGGAAAUCUAAUUGUGGGCUGUGUGAUCUGUUCAAACAGACGAUCACUUUCUUCUUCGGAUGUUUACUUAUUUAACCUGAUGUUUGCCGACACUCUAUUGGCUCUAAUCUUGCCUUUCUCUGCCGUAUCCGUAGUGCACGGCUGGGUGUUUGGGGAUUUCAUAUGCAAACUGGUUUCCCUGGUGAAAGAAAUAAACUUUUACACCAGCAUCUUGUUUUUGGUGUGCAUCAGUGUGGAUCGCUAUAUGCUCAUUGUGCGCGCUAUGGAAUCCCAGAAGGCUCAGCGGCAGCUGUGCAGCGGUGUCACGUGUGCGGUGGUGUGGUUCUUGGGUGGCGUGCUUUCCUUACCCUCGCUUUACAAUGAGGCCUAUUCUUCUAAAUCUGGCAAACAGACCGUAUGUGCCGAACGCUUUGAGGUGGACAGUGCCGACGAAUGGCGACUGGCUACGCGUAUCAUAAGGCACCUGCUCGGCUUUAUACUCCCUCUAGUGAUCAUGUUGACGUGCUACAGCGUGACAGUAGCGCGGCUCUUGCGUACGCGGUGUUUCCAGAGGCAGAGGGCCAUGAAGGUGAUAGUCGCUGUGGUCGUGGCUUUUCUCUUGUGCUGGACCCCUUUUCACGUUACCACGAUGAUCGACACACUGUUGAGGGCCAAAGCCUUUCAAUUCAGUUGCUUCACGCGGACCACCGUGGAUGUUGCCGUGUUUGCUACGCAAAACCUGGGGCUCUUGCACUGCUGUGUAAACCCGGUGCUUUAUGCUUUUGUGGGAGAGACAUUUCGACGGCGACUAAUGCAAUUGCUUCAAAGGCAACAAGUUCUGGAUCGCUUUUCAAUCUCUAGACCUGGCAGGUCUUCUUCUCUGGCAUCUGAAUUCACUUCUAACUUUCUGUGAGAUGCGGUCAUGCAAUGGGCAUUGAUGUAUGUAAAUAAUUAAGAAAAACUGAUAGUACCUGUCCUUGUUUGCUUGUAUUACUACGUUCUGUUGUAGUGGGUAUAAUGUUGUAAUGCAGUGGCUCCCUCUAUUGUUCUAAUAAUGUGAGUGUUAAGAGAUCAAAUUGGCUACUCAUUUUAUCUCUUUUGACUUUAAGUGCUAUUUAGCACUGUUUGUCUUUAGAGUGUAUGCUACAUAAUUCAUACAUAAAAAAAUAAAAAAAUACGAUGUCAAAUGAUCUUUUUGUGUGAAGACAGAAGUUUAAAAUCUCAUUGUGCAUUUUGUAUAAAGCCUCUGUUAGGUCACUUCAUGUUAUCUAA